CCCAUUCUGGCCGUCUCCUUUAAUUCUUAUUUUAUUCUUCCGUUUGCCUGGUUCACUCUUCAUCUUCUCUUUCUCCCUCAUUCCUGCGGGUCAGUCUUCGAAGCUUCUGCCUUUCUUUUGAUUUCAGAGCUUGCAGCCUUCGACUAAACUCCUUCCCAAUCAGUCUGUAGAUUUUCUCAUUGCAGCUUCAUCCUUGAAACUAUUUGGGUGGUUUGGUUAGGCAGUAAGUUUGAGAUUUAGACAUCCAAAAUAUCACAUUGUAAAUCCGAAAAUGGCUGCCCUAGAUCAGUAUUUUGAGGAGGCUUUGCCCCACACCGAUUCCUUUGGUGAAGAUAACUCUUAUUCAGAAAAAUGGGAAUCUGGUACAGAUUCCAUUGCAGACUCUGAUGGAAAUGACUCUGAUGGCUUUGAUUGCAAUAUCUGCUUUGACUGUGUGCAAGAUCCAGUGGUCACUCUUUGUGGUCAUCUCUACUGCUGGCCAUGCAUUUACAAAUGGCUUCAUUUUCACAAUCUCUCCAACCAAGAAAAUGGCGAAGAACAGAGUCCACAGUGUCCGGUAUGCAAAACAGAAGUUUCCCAAUCCUCGCUGGUUCCACUCUAUGGCAGAGGCCAGACCACAAAACCUUCCAAAGGCAAGUCCCACCAUGUGGGGAGUAUGAUCCCACAAAGACCACAUGGACCUUUGUCUCUGGUUGAUCCUCGAAGACCAUUUAAUGCUAGUACUAGUGCAGUUCCACAACCGUCUUCCCAAUUCUAUCAUGGUCAUUAUCCUUAUUAUCAUCCUCAACAGUUCAACUCAAUUUCAAGCAGUUCCAACUCAGGAAUGCUUGGCAUGGAUGGCGCACUAAGAAACGCAUUUGAUUCAAGAAUUGGUGUGUUUGGUGAGAUGGUAUAUGCGAGAGUGUUUGGGAACCAGGUGACAAACGUAUACGCUUACCCUGAUACAUAUAAUCUGGCAGUGAACAGUAAUCCAAGGAUCAGAAGGCAUUUGAUGCAAGCUGAUAAGCAACUGAAUAGAAUCUGCUUUUUCCUGCUUUGUUCUUUAGUUUUGUGUCUUCUCUUAUUCUGACAGCUAUUUUAUUUCUCCUAGUGUAAUGCAUACGUCUCUGUAAAGAAUAUAUAUAUUUAUAUAAACACGCAUCAAUCGGAUCCAGCCUUUUGUAUCAUAUUUGAGAGUUGCAUGUGAACGCUGAAAUAUAUUAUACUUGUGGGAAGUUCUAUGUUUUAAUAUAAAAAAGUGAACUAUUUGUGUAUC